UGCCGCCCUGGGCGCACUCCCGCGGUCCUGAACGCGCUCCUGCUUACCUAGGAGCGCUCCCGAGGACCCGGGUGCGUCCUCCGUGGCCCCGGCCUUUGAUUUCCUGACUCGGCAUCCGGCAGACACCCGAGGCCUCCCUGGGGCCCCUGGCCCGCGCGCGCCCUCUUCUCCACGAGACCAGGUGUCUGCAUUGCCCGGUGAAGUCCAGCAUGUGUGGGGGCCUGAUAGAGAAGUAUGUGGCGGCCAUGGUGCUGAGUGCCGCUGGGGAUGCCCUGGGGUACUUCAAUGGCAAAUGGGAAUUCCUUCGGAGUGGGGAGAAGAUUCACCAGCAGCUGGCCCAGAUGGGUGGCCUGGAAGCCAUAGAUGUGGAACCAUGGAGAGUCAGCGAUGACACAGUCAUGCACCUGGCCACAGCUGAAGCCCUCCUGGAGGCUGGAAAAGCCCCGAGCUUGGACCAGCUGUAUCCUCUCCUAGCCAAGCAUUACCAAGACUGCAUGGGAGACAUGGAUGGCCGAGCACCAGGUGGCGCCUCCAUGAAUAAUGCCAUGCGGCUGGAGCCCCACAAGGCCAAUGGCUGGAGGAUUCCCUUCAACAAGCACGAGGGCGGCUGUGGGGCUGCCAUGCGGGCCAUGUGCAUCGGCCUCAGGUUCCCCCACCACAGCCAGCUGGACAGGCUGAUCCGAGUGAGCAUUGAGAGUGGGCGGAUGACCCACCACCACCCAACAGGAUACCUGGGUGCUCUGGCUUCAGCUCUUUUUACAGCCUAUGCAGUGAAUGGCAAACCCCCCUGGCAGUGGGGAAAAGGACUGAUGGAGGUGCUACCAGAAGCUCAAAAGUACAUUGUCCAGUCAGGCUACUUUGUGGAAGAGAAUCUUCAACAUUGGUCCUACUUUCAAGAUCAAUGGGAAAAAUACCUGAACUUUAGAGGCAUUUUGGAUGGCAAGUCAGCUCCUACCUCCCACCAGCCUUUCACUGUGAAAGAGAGAGACCAGUUCUACACCUCCCUGAGUUAUUCUGGCUGGGGAGGCAGCAGUGGACACGAUGCUCCCAUGAUUGCCUAUGAUGCCAUCCUUGCUGCUGGGGACUCAUGGAAGGAGCUUGCUCACCGGGCCUUUUUUCAUGGUGGAGACAGUGAUUCUACAGCUGUCAUUGCUGGCUGCUGGUGGGGAGUUAUGCAUGGUUUUCAAGGAGUGAGUCCCUCCAACUAUGAGAAACUGGAGUACAGACACCGUCUGGAAGAGACAGCAAGGGCUUUGUAUUCUCUGGUGUCAAAGGAAGACACUGCUAUGGACCUCUAGGAAGGUGUGAGGUUCAUUUCUGUUCAUGUCUUCUCCUUUUCUGCUAAGUGCCUUUUCAGUUUAUCCAAAAUCAACAGUCUUAACCUUGUACACAGGGAGUUUGAAGAUAACAAGUGUCUCGGGCACUUGGAGUUCAUUUAGUCUUUCCAGACUCUGAAUGGCUCCCACUUCUUGGAUUGAAGAGUCUUUUGUCUUUGUUGAUGGAGUCACUAUCUCCCAUGACAGAAAUCUCAAAGCCACAUAUUUGAGCCUUUCUUUUCAUCACCUGGUUGUUCUAAAAGUUAGUUUUCCUUCUGUUUGGUCUCCUCCUCCUCCAUCCACCUCAAGAGGACUUGGAGACAGAGAUUUGAGUGCAAAAAGUUUAUUUGGAAGGUUAAUCCAAGAAGCACCCAUAGGAGAAUGGGGAAGUGAGAUGAGGAAGGAAGAGAAUCACACAGGGUGUGGGAAUGAGUGGGUUUUCACAGUGGGCAUCUGAGGGGAGUAGUCUCUCUGGGUCCUCUGCCCACUUGAAGGGCUAGCAAACAGGAUGUAUAUGCACCCACUUCUUUGUGGUUGGUUGAGAACCACUCUAAGGGAUCCGAACUCCCUGGCAUGUCUCAGCUUGACUUUUGUGCAUGCCAAACAGGACUGUCUUCAGAGAAACAGAAAUAGAUGCAGAGAUGCCUGCAGGGUGAGCUGUAAGGUGUACGGGAACAAUGAGGGCACUCAGGGAUUCGAACAGCAUCUGCUGGACUGUUCUACCACCACCUCAUGUAUUUCAAAGAUCACCUCUUUUAUCUUGUUAACUGAGUAUUUUUACCUUGUCUAUUGAGUACUUUUCAGAUGAUUUUCUGCAGUCUAAGUUACACAGGUCUAGGCACAAGUCUAGGUAGAUGCUGUUGUAAGCUGUUCUCAGUACUUUCUCUACCUUGGCCUUUCACACUUUAGCAUUUUUGUUAUUUUUUUAUUUUUCUGGAUAUACUCUCCUUAAAACAGAACCUAACAGAACCUGUGCAUACAACAGGUGCUUAAAUCAGUGUUGCACUUACUAGACACUAUGUUGGAAAUGAACUAUACAGCUUGAGGAGAGGGGAAUUGGGAGGGAAAAAACUGGGAUAAAAUGAAG